AAGAUGGGUCAAAGAGGAGUGAAGAGCAGGAGUAACAAAAACAACUGCAGAAUUAGGUACCGUCUGAUAGAAAACCCCUCAGAGGGAACCCUUCUCACCUACGCUCCCAACAUGUCCGUUGCCUUGGCAACCACCAUCACGCCUUGUUCCUUCGAUCCAGCCAACUGAUGCAACCAGGUGACGUGCCCAGCGGAACCAGUAACAGACCUCACCUCGGCCUCCGUCACCACCACCGCUCCGUGGGCCUCUACCUGGAAUACCCAGAGCCUCCUGCCACAAAGGUUUGUACAAAGGACCAGAGAGCCCAGACCCAGCAGACCUACAUGUUCCUGAGAAUCUGACUCUUCACCCUCGUGGAGACCUACUCCUGCCUGGAAAACAGCAUCGCUGACUUCCACCGCUCCACACACAGCAUGGACUCCCUAAUCGGGGACUCAGACCCCAACCUGUUCCCCAUGUCCAUGAGGACGGAGACCGCCUUCUCCCGGGACCAGAACCCUAUGGAUAUGGACCAGGAAGGGUACAUUGGAAAAGACCAGAAACUGUUCAGCGACAACACUCUGGAUCUCCUCCAGGACUUUGAGUUGACAGGCUCCCCCUCAGACUUUUACGUAGGGGACGACGCCUUCCUUUCCUCCCUGGCUGAUGACACUCUGCUGGGGGAUGAGAGCCAGGAUCGUGGGGUCUCCAACUCCACCUCCAAGCCAGCUGCUACUACGACCAAUAGUGGUAGUUUUAGCGGUUCCAACACCACCACAUUGAAUGGUAGCAGUCUACUAGCAUGUCAGGAUGAGUCCAACUCCAGCACCUCUAUGACAACCACCGCCACCUUUCCCGUGGUGAAGAUGGAGAAGGAAUCUGGCUUCAUCCAGCUGUGUACUCCAGGGGUGAUCAAACAGGAGAAGACGUCGGCCAUGCGUAGCUACUCCUGCCAGAUGAGUGGUAGUACCGGCGGCUCCACUUCCUCUUCUCCCUCCGAGCUGUCCAGCGCCAGCCCCAGCCCCAUCUCCAUCUGUGGGGUGAGCACCUCUGGAGGACAGAGCUACCACUUUGGAGGCAACAGCAGCAUCAACACCCCCUUGGCUUCCACUACCAGUGGAGCUUCUCAGCAGAAGGAUCAGAAGCCCUCGGUGUUCAGCCUGUAUCCUCCGCUGGUGACCGUAGGAGAGGCCUGGAACAACAUUAGCUAUGGGGAUGGAGCUUCUGGAAUGCAAGGCCUCUCCAGCCCUACCUCCGCUUUCUCCAGCAGCUAUGCCAGUUCUACCUCCAAGCAUGGUGGUGGCGCUGCGUCAUGUACAACCCAGGGCAAGGCCGGGACCACCCAUAAGGUCUGUCUGGUGUGUUCAGAUGAGGCGUCUGGCUGUCACUACGGGGUGCUCACCUGCGGAAGCUGCAAGGUGUUCUUCAAGAGAGCCGUGGAAGGUACAGGGGCAAGGGGGCAACACAACUACCUGUGUGCUGGGAGGAACGACUGCAUCAUCGAUAAGAUCAGAAGGAAGAACUGUCCAGCCUGCCGCUUCCGCAAGUGUCUCAUGGCAGGGAUGAACCUGGAAGCUCGUAAAACCAAGAAGCUGAACCGUUUAAAGGGGGUACAGCAGCCCACCACUGCCGAGCUGACCCCCCAUCCUCUCCCAGAGGCCAGGUCGCUGGUCCCCAAGUCCAUGCCCCAGCUCACCCCCACCAUGCUGUCCCUACUAAAGGCCAUCGAGCCAGACACCAUCUACUCUGGCUACGACGGCACCCUGCCAGACACCUCCACCCGCAUCAUGACCACCCUCAACAGGCUGGGGGGACGACAGGUGGUAUCAGCCGUCAAGUGGGCCAAGGCCCUGCCAGGGUUCCGGAACCUUCACCUGGACGACCAGAUGACUCUGCUGCAGUGUUCCUGGUUGUUCCUCAUGUCCUUCGGCCUGGGCUGGAGGUCCUACCAACAGUGUGACGGGAACAUGCUCUGCUUCGCUCCAGACCUCGUCAUCAACCAGGACCGUAUGAAGCUGCCCUACAUGGCAGACCAGUGUGAACAGAUGUUGAAGAUCUCCAGUGAGUUUGUCAGACUGCAGGUGUCUCAUGACGAGUAUCUGUGUAUGAAGGUUCUGUUGCUGCUCAGCACCGUGCCUAAAGAUGGUCUGAAGAGUCAGGCAGUGUUUGAUGAGAUCAGGAUGUCCUACAUCAAGGAGUUGGGGAAGGCCAUCGUCAAGAGAGAGGAAAACUCCAGCCAGAACUGGCAACGCUUCUACCAGCUCACCAAGCUUCUUGACUCCAUGCACGAGAUGGUUGGUGGGCUGCUGGAUUUCUGCUUCUACACGUUCGUCAACAAGUCACUGUCGGUGGAGUUUCCAGAAAUGUUAGCAGAGAUCAUCAGCAACCAGUUACCAAAAUUCAAAGCCGGGAGCGUCAAGCCCCUCCUCUUCCACCAGAAAUGACUGUGUGGUGCUACCGCCACUGGCCGUGUCCACCACCGAGACACAAUGCCUUAAAAUCCCCUCACCUUCCCCUGACAGAGGGAGACAUGGAAGAAGAGAGGCUGUUUUGGGAGGAAUUAUACCAUGUACAGGGGUUUGCUGAUUUUGGGGGAUGAAACGAUCGCCAUCGAGGAGGAAGGAGAGAUUUGUCAAGAGGCAGAAGACGAGACGGAGAGAGCAGAGGAUUUUUGUUUUGUUUAACAUCAGUGGUCUAUGAUCCAGUUAAUAGAAUACAUGUUUUCAUAAGUUGAAGUAUAAUCAAGGAUUGAACUAAACUAACCCUUUGUGUUUUCUCAGGUGUUUGACCCGCAGAACUUAACAAUAUCUAGAUGAAAUAAGUAUCUAUAUACAGAUUAUUAAGAUGAUGAUGUCUUACGUUUCUGCUGCCACAGUAUAUACAGUUUAUUAUACAGGUGAUUUCUUACCUCGGCAAAGGUAACACUAUAACUAUCUUGUAAUGUUAUUCAACAGGUUAACCCACUGUGUAUUCCUCUACCUGUUGCUGUUUUUAGGACGUUGUUGUAACAGAGUUCAUUAUCAAAUCACACAAAUCUCAUUUUCCAAACGCAUGUUGCAUUGAUAUUGUUUUAUAUAAUGAAAGCGUACAGUACACAGUUGGCAGAGCUAUCUUUGUGUACGUUAAGCUACCUGCUUAAACUACCUGCUGGCUGCCAGGUUUACACACACCGGCGAUCAGAAAAAGGGAGAGGGGAAAAAAAGUGCCUUUUUUUAGCUUAAAGUCUGGUUUUAGCCGUUCUCUCUCUGACUGUCCGAGGAUGUUCUUCUUUCACCAUCACGGCUGACCCUCGGUCUUUCACCAUCACGGCUGACCCUCGGUCUUUCACCAUCACGGCUGACCCUCGGUGUAUGGGAUUGUUUUGUUUCUAUUACAUGCCGUUGCAGUCAGCUUAACUUUUUUAAAUGACUGCCGUGUUAGUCUGUUGCUAAUUGAAGCUCAGUUAUGGCUCCUCGGUGUGAACUAUAACAAUAAGAUCAGUAGAUUUAAAUAAUACUCCCAAUCUGCAUACAGUAUUCACCUGAUCUCUUGUACACGUCUCAUUUUUAAAUACAAUUUUAGUACAAUGACCCCCCCCCCCCACACCAUUAUGAGAGAAUGUGAAAGUACAUAGUAAAGAACAUAGCUUUAACUCUAUUGGAUGUUUGUAAAAGGAAGCUAUUAAUUGUCACCUUUUUGAACUUAUUUUUGUCAGCAAAAGUACUUUUGUCCAUCGAUGAACUAAUACCCUCUUCCUGUUGCUUUUGUCCAUCGAUGAACUAAUACCCUCUUCCUGUUGCUUUUGUCCAUCGAUGAACUAAUACCCUCUUCCUGUUGCUUUUGUCCAUCGAUGAACUAAUACCCUCUUCCUGUUGCUUUUGUCCAUCGAUGAACUAAUACCCUCUUCCUGUUGCUUUUGUUUUAACUGUUUUGCUAGUUUUUUUUGUUGUCCAUUUGACAUUAUUGGAAUGUGUCGGAGAGAGCGACGCGUCAGCCAAUCAAAAAUGGAGAGUGCAGAUUCCACUUUUAUUUUUUAUUUUUUUUUAUGUAUCGACAGCCCCAAAACCAGAAGAGCUGGUUGCUAUGGUUUCCACUAAGAUUUGAUGGGAAAAUGGCUGUUCUUGAAUUUAGUUCUACAGUAGUUCUUGGUCUCUUAAGGAGAAUAUAAAUAGUAACAGUCCAAGUCAGAGGGCCCAGUGUUGACCCUCAAUACUCUACACACUGGUGUUUGAAUGGAUAGUAGAGUGGUGUGUGUGUGAAUGAAACAUGGGUAACUUGUCAUUAUUCAUCCUUAUAGCGCUUACAUUCUGACAACAGUGACAUAUCACUGACAUAUCAGACAAUUAGACCAUUUUAUGAGAUGAAAACCAGCAAUACACAGGGGGUUCUGGAGAGGUGGACACGGAUGGACCCUUCUCUAGGACAACCUCCCAUUGCUGCUCACACAACAACCCCUUACCCACCCAGGCAUCUUGCUUACAACAUCUCAGCUCUUAUUGUUUCUCUCUCGCACUCUGUGUGUGUGCGUGUGCGUGUGUGCGUGACACAAAGGUUUUCCAGUAAAGCACUUAGUACUAACUUCGUUCUCUGUCAUCUUGUUUCUCACUCAAACUGUGAUCACGUCACAAAUUACUCCCUGUUCCCUUUGUAGUGUGUUACUUUUGACCAGGGCAAGGCUCUGGUCCAAAGUAGUGCACAAAAUAGGGAAUAGGGUGCUAUUUCAGACCGUAGUCUGUAGCUUAGUGGUUGAGGAGGGGAAGAGACAUAAACCAGGAGAUAUUUUGACCCGGCAACAGAGGACGGGGUUUCCCACCCCUGUUCUAAGGGGAAAUGGUUUUCUUAAAUAAAAUAAAAACAUGUUUUCAUUGUAAUGUAAUUGGGGUUGUCACAUUCCGUACAUUUGAGGGGAAUUUGUGAGAAUUGUUAAUCCGAGACCUGAAGCCAUUGAGAAGGUUUUCUAACUUACCUAACCUGCGUUUAAAAAAUGCCAUGCUAGUUAUUUGUUUGUUGUUAUUGGGUCUAUUUACAUGUUGGAAAACUGACUUAUCUUAUUUUCAGAUUUUUCAUACACGAUGCCAACAUCUAAUAAGAAGCUAUACGUUAGUGAUUCUUAAGAACAACUAUACCAUACUCAGGUUGUUGUCAUUGGUUAAAAGUGUAUGUAGUCAUCUAUGUUCACUGAUGAAACUGUUUAAAACCAAAAACUUUUCAGUUUUGAUUCCCAGAGUGUGUUUUUCUGACAAUGAAUUAACAGUCAGGUUAAAUGAAAGCUCUCCUGGCCGUUCAGGUACGUUAGUUUCAUGCAUACUGGACAUGCCAAAAUCAUUAGAUUUUUCACACUACUUGAUUAACCAUUGUUAACUUCCCAAUCUAUCCUAAAGGAAAACAUUUAUUUUCUUUCAAUGGUGAUACAAAAGUAGUUCAAUAAAAUUAGAAAAUGAAUUCUCCCCAUUUAAACUGCUUGUGGAUUUCCUAUGGGUCACAUUCAGGGUGGCUAUAAAUCAUUCUCUGCUGUUGCCUUUCAUAUAACCGGUAUGAAACCACAAACUACUCACCUCCCCUUAUCCAAAAAUGUAUUUUGGUCUCUGUGGAAUUGUAUUGUGCAGUACAUUUUUUUUUUUUUUACAAGAAAAUCUGAAAAUAUGCAAAAUAGAAAUGACAAAUACCUGAGUUACAUCUGUUGCUCUAAACAGAGAUUAUAGGCACGUACUGUCAUUUUCUUUUUUUCUUUUCCAAUAUAAGCUAUAUUAGACAGAAUAUGUUCACUUUAGUGAAUGAACUCUGCAGGACAGAUUUUCAGGAAAACUUUCAAGUGUCAAUAUAUACCAUUUUUGAUUUAGACAGAGUUCCAGCAUAUUAGAUUGUCUAACGGGUGGCCAAAGCAAAUCCAGACUCAAAGGUUUCUCUGUAGUUUCAGUAGCUCUUGGAACGACAGACGUACAGGACUGUCCUAUAACACAUUUUAUAUGUAUUUUUUUGUGUACUAAUAUUAUGAAUAUAGUAGUCAGUCAACAAAAAAAACUUCACACAAACUGUUUUGUGAAAGUAAUCAACCAGCUUUGAACCUGACAAUCUGCACUACCCCAAAUAUUAUUUAGAAAUUAUAUUUUGUAUAAAACAAACGUUCACUUUAGAAACGUCUUAUCAAGGGCAGAAUGAUGAUGAUGAUGAUGAUGAUCUGGUAUAUGCUUUCCUUUGAAGAUGGCUUUGAAGAUGCCUUGUUUAGCUUAUAGACUAUUUCAAUGAUGUACAUAUAACCCAAUGUAAAGAGAAACAAUGUGUUGUAUUACUCCCACAAAUAAUAAUACUUUUCUAUAUCUGUAUUAUUGCUCAUCUGUAGUAGAUCAUGUUGAUGCUUUUCCUUCCAUUAAAUGUUGAACUACG